AUGGCCAACGGACAGCAGCCGGAAUCCUGGGAGGAUGAGAUGCGCGAUGAGGAUCUCGCUAAUCAGACCCAGCAGCAGCUCAACAUGCAAGGCGGUCAGCAGUAUGGAGGCCAGGCGUUCGUUCCUGGUGCGCAGAGCUUCACACCCGGUGCGCAGUCUUUCCAGCCCGGCCAACAAUUCCAGCAAUAUGGCUAUGGCCAGCAGUACGGUGGCUACCCUCAAUACGGCCAGCAACAGCAGCAACAAGGAUAUGGACAACAGUAUGGAUACGGCGCUCAGCAAGGCUAUCAGCAGCAAGGAUACGGUCAGCAAGCAUAUGCCCAGUAUCAGCAGCCACAGCAGCAAGCAUAUGCCCCUCCACAGCAACGACAGACUCCGAUGAUUGCUAAGCGCGGAGAGGCUCUACCUGCUGCUAAAGCGGCGACCCCCAAGGCUUCUGCCAACGGGAGUGCUCCAGUGAAGACCCUCUCACYCAGUGCCGCCGAUACUGGCGCAGCAGCGCCCAAGGUCGAAAAGGCCGCCGGUGGCGCAAAGGUACUGUCGCYUGGCGGCGGUGCCCCGCCAGCUGCCACCAAAUCUGCACCCGCGCCCAAGGAAGCGAUCAGCAAGUCAGAGCCAGAGGCAGGCACAAAAGUCGCAGCAGCCAAGGCCAUUGAGAAGACUGGCGAACCCACAGCAGCCGUCAGCGGUAGAACAUCUCCCACGCCAUCCGCAUCCGGUCGCUCUUCUCCUGUCCGUACCGAGCAGCAGAAAGAGGCUCAACGAAAGAUCGAUCUGGCCGCUGAGCAGGCCGCCGAGGUCGAUAAAGAGGCGUUGGCCGAAAUGUACGGCAAAGAACACGUCAAUGUUAUCUUCCUGGGUCACGUCGAUGCGGGCAAGAGUACGCUUGGAGGAAGCAUCCUCUGCGCGACCGGUAUGGUCGAUGAGCGAACAUUGGACAAGUACAGGAGGGACGCCAAAGACAUGGGCAAUGAAUCGUGGUAUCUGUCCUGGGCGCUCGACCAGACCAAGGAGGAGCGAGCACAGGGCAAGACUGUCGAGGUCGGACGAGGGUUUUUCGAGACCGAGAAGCGGAGAUACUCCAUUCUGGACGCCCCUGGACACAAGACAUUCGUUCCCAACAUGCUAUCAGGCGCAUCGCAAGCCGAUGUCGGUGUGUUGGUUAUUUCUGCCCGAAAGGGCGAGUACGAGACGGGAUUCGAAAAGGGUGGCCAGACACGCGAGCACGCGGUAUUGGCCAAGACCCAGGGGAUCAGCAAGCUCAUCAUCGCCGUCAACAAAAUGGACGACAUUACCGUGGAGUGGUCCGAGGAGCGUUACAAGGAGUGCUUGCUGAAGCUGACUCAGUUCUUGAAGGGUCUUGGAUACAACCCCAAGACAGACCUCACAUUUAUGCCAGUUGCUGCGCAACAGACCAUGGGCAUCAAAGAUCGAGUGCCAAGCGAUGUCUGCUCAUGGUACAAAGGUCCAUCACUGCUCGAGUACCUGGACUCCAUGCAAGCCCUGGAUCGUAAAGUUAACGCUCCUUUCAUGAUGCCCAUCGCCGCCAAGUAUAGGGAUAUGGGUACUAUGAUCGAAGGAAAAAUCGAGGCUGGAUACAUCAAGAAGGACCAGAAAUACCUGAUGAUGCCAAACAGAGCUGAGAUUCAGAUCAGUGCGUUGUACGGCGAGAGCGAGGAGGAAAUUCCACACGCCACCAGCGGCGAGCAGAUCCGCCUUCGUAUCAAGGGUGCAGAAGAAGAAGACAUCUACCCGGGUUUUGUGCUUUGCUCACCGAAGCGCCCAGUCCACUGUGUGACGGCUUUCGAGGCUCAGAUCCACCUCCUGGAACUCAAGUCCAUUCUCUCCGCUGGUUUUAACUGUGUUAUGCACAUCCACUCGGCUACAGAAGAGGUCACAUUCUCCGAGCUCCUGCACAAGCUUGAGCCCAAGACCAAUCGCAAGUCCAAAAAGGCGCCAGGAUUCGCAAAGCAGGGAAUGAACAUUAUCGCAAGACUGGAGGUCACAGGUGCCGCGGGAAGUUUGUGUGUUGAGAGAUUUGAGGACUACCCACAACUGGGUCGCUUUACCCUGCGCGAUCAGGGUCAGACCAUUGCAAUUGGUAAAAUCACCAAGCUGAUUUCCGAUUCAACCGGCCAGCCUUCGGUUUAA